AUGGAGGAGGAGGUGGCAGUAGUGGCAGAUGAAACAGUAAAGGAUGGAGUAGUGGUGGAAAAUUAUCAAGAGCCUCCAAGAAAAGAAGACGAGGAAAUUUCGAUCAAGCAAAGAGAAGAAGAAGAGAUCACAGUCGAGGAGGCCAGAGAAGCGGAGGUUACAUUGGUGACCCCUGACAUUGCGAUGGAGGAGGUUGCAGGGGGUGUGCAGCCAGCAGAGGCCGAGAAGGAAGAUAAGAAGAAGCGAGCAGAGGUCGAGAAGGAAGAGAAGAAGAGAGAGAAGCAGCCAGCAGAGGCUGAGAAGAAAGAUAAGAACAAGAAGAAGAGCAAGGGAAAGAAGGCUGGAAAGGCGGAGUCUUCACAUCAUCACAAGGCAAGAAAGAAUAAAGAGAAAAAGGAUGAUGAUGAAGACGAAGAGGCCAAGAAAAAGAGGAAGAAGAAGGAGAAAGAGGAGAGAAAAUUACGCCGACGUGAAAAAAUGCGCCUAAGAGAAGAAGAAGAAGCAAGACAGAGGGCUCUGAGCCCUGAGAAGUAUGGAGAAUCAACCUCCAUAAGAGAGGAUAGGGGGAAACGACGAAACUGA